CGUCCGUGGUGGCGGCAGUACUGCGGCAGCGGUCGGCGGUGGAUUCCGGCGGCGGUGGCAAACUCCGGCAAAUAAUUAACCCAAUUAAUUGCCGCCCCCCAGUUCUCUUGCACAACCAAGGCAGUCCGUUGGUAGCGGGGGCAGUCCGGUGGUGGCGGCAGCGGCAGAUUCUGGUGGCACUGACGACCUCCGGCGGCAUAAAUCUGGCAGGCUGCAAGAAAAAAAUUCUGAAAUUUUCCGGCGGUGCUCCGGCGGUCUGGCGGGCCUGGGGCAGCAGUGGUAAAGGCUGUGAGGGGUAUUUUGGUCCAAUCACAAAUAAAAACUCUUAUUUAAGGAUGUUUAAACUAGGUGCUCCUGUUUUGGGAAAAACCAUGUUUUGCUCCUAUUAAGGUAAAUCUCCCAAAUACAAGUAAAAGUAUCAACGGUGAUCUCUCUUCCUCCUUAUAAGGUUUGAUAUAUGGAGUAAUGGAGUAUUAUUAUUUACACCCUUACAUUAUUAAUAAUCUGUUAU